CCCAUCGAUUCAGAGUCCAGACUUCAACUAGAAACAGAGGAACACGCGCGCCCCCGAUUCGGAAAGGUUAGCGCAGGAAGACUGCCGCAGAGGAGAUGGCGGGCGAGAUGAGCUGGGUGGGCAAGAAGAUCCACCUCUACAACGUCACCAUGGGCCUCUACAUGCUCGAUUGGUGGGAGCGGUGCCUAUUCAACAUAUUGGUGCUGAUCCUGCUCUGGUUCGUCUGCUUCAAUGGCUCGCGCUUCGCCACUGACGUCUUUGAGAGGUAUCUAUCGUAAUCUCUAAUCUAAUGUUCCGACAAAACUUUAGACUUGUUAGACAAAUUUAGUUAAUCUCUGAAUCUGCAAGUCCCAAAUUGUAAAGGGGAGCACAAACCGGUGAGUCUAGUAGAGGUCUGUUAUCUGGGCAUCUACCUACUCUGGCUAUGUUUCGCACAUGGGAUCUUCGUGUGGUGCUCUAUGUGUGUGAAGAAGUCAGUCCAUGGUUAUAACUGGAGUUAUUGGGACAUAAGUUCUUAAUUUUGUUCCAUCCAUUCCAAUUUGAAAACUGUAUGAGUGCAGGGGUUCUCCUUAGAAUUUGUUUGAUGCAUUGAAAAGUAGACAAAAUCAGAAUACAAAAUGAAUUUGAUGAAGAUUCUGGAAAAGAAACACUGCUUGGAACAUAUAAUGAUCAAGCUAUAAGCCUCAAACUGCCAGCGUUUUUCUAGCAGAUUUGUAUAGUUUUGCCCUAUGCAAGAUAGUGUAAUCCAGCAGAUCGAAUAUGUUGCAGUGCUAGGCUGUUGAAACAAAAAUAAUUAUGUACAGAAAUGCAGAUUUAUAUCUCUUGGUGGCCAAUUUAAUCAUUGGUUCUCAAUGCUAAGGUUGAUUUUUGUAUUUGAGGGCACCAGUUUAGCUGAAAAAUACUUCUCCAGUUGCAACUGCCCUGAGUCUAUCAUCUUCAAAGAAGGGGUUAACUAAUUGUUUAUGACCUGAAUGUGACAUGAGAUGGGAUAUUCCCAUACAACUGGGGUGUUGGAACAUUGGAACAGGCAGUGUUUUCCAGUCAUUCACAUUUGAGCUAAGCACCAGUCUGGUUAUUCCAAUCAUAGAAAAUUAGUAAACCACUACAUUUUCUUGCUGGUUGCCCAUCUCCAACAAAUAGACUGCUAACAUUUCAUCUACUCCAUUUCUGUCAACAUCUCAUCACUCCUCUAAAGGAAGAUUAAUCCAUCUUUUCUAUAUAAAAAACAAUUAACCAUUAUAAUUUUCUGCACCUUAAGUAGCUGCUUGAUAGUUACUCAUUCUCAUAAGGCAUGUUCUGAUUUGAAUUUUGACAAACAAAUCUGUUGAAUUAUAUGUGUGUUUAGUGUACAAAAGUUGUAUCAUUAGCAUUCUAUUUUGGAAAUACUUUUAUAUAAUUGAACUUUUAGCAAUUGGCAGUAUAUCAGUGAUAUUAUUUAUAGGUCAAAAUCCAUUUGUGAAGUAUUUUUUCCUAACCAAAAUAUACCCUGGGUAUAUGGAAGGAGCAGCUACAAACCCACCUCCCAUCUCAUUUUUGUGGCUUAUCAGUUUCAGUUAUUUGUUCGAUUUCUGUUCAAUAAUGACUAAUCAUAUCAUGAUCUAAACUUUUAGUUUUACAAGUUUGUGUGACUCAUGAACUUUAUUUCUAAUGAACCUC